AUGGACCAAGAUACAACAUUUCCACCUUUCAACAUAUCAGCACAACACUGGAGAGUCACCUACAAGCCACCCACUAAUAAACAAAGGAGAUCUCUGGCAGGGGAGGGAGAGGAAGAAGCGGGGGAAGGAGACGUCAGAUCCUUCCCCAGCCAGAAACGGUUCUCGAAAGGAGGUUGGAAACCUUCCUCCCCCGUCCGUCGCAGCUUCGCUCCAAUCAGCCGGCCACCCGGACGCACCCCCCCCCCCCACCCCCAUCCCUCCCAGGGCCUCCAUCUCGGUCCCGGAGUCUCCCUUCCCGCCUCAAACUUCCUACAGACCCACCCCGCGCCCUCCUGGGCUCGCCCGGGCUGCUGCCCCCUCCCCCUCCCCGCCGCUCCCCACGUGCUGGGAGCCCGGGUGGCGGCGGGACCCACGCACCGGCCAAGCGCACAGCUAGCUUCUCGCAGCUUUCCCCUCGCGGCCCGGCCUGCCCCAGGCCGAGGAAGCCCGGUCUCGACCGCCAGCUGCACGCCCGUCCGGAGAGAGGAUGCGGUCUUCGGCGCCGGCCUGCUCUCGCCACUCACACGCCCCCUGAGCGGCGAGUCCAUCCGCCGCCGCCGGCCCUCUCAGACCGCCCCGGCCUAUGCCCGGCGCCCGGCCGCUGGGCCGCUGCCCGGACACCGCGCCGCCCCCGCCCUCCGCCUGGCCAGCUCCCGUCCUCCCCGCCACAUCCAGACCCGCCCGCCGACCCCCUUCUUACCGGCGGGCGUGCAGGCUUCGCGGGGCGGAGAGAGCCAACUCGAUCGGCGGCCUCCCCUGUGCCCGGGCCCGCGGUCUCCGCCACCAAGAGUCCUCGGGCUCCGGGGGUUUCGGGGUAAGCAGGAGUCCGUGAGGGCGAGAGGGAAGGGGAAGGACGCGGAGGAGAAGGGGAAGCCCCGGCCCGCGGCUCCAACGCGCUAUCCCCUGCGGAGCGGAUCCAACAAUCAAUUCAUUAUUAAAGCACCAACGGCGAGGUCAGCAAAAGCAAGAAGUAACGAGUCGUCGUCUUCACCGCGGCCGCGCGCGCGCCCCCGCUCCCGCCGCUUAUCGGCUCCCGGCAGCCGCCAUGACGCCGAGAGAGCUAGCGCAACCGUCUCCGUCGUAGGCGCCUCCGCCGCCGCCGCCGCCGCCGCCGCCACAGAGGUAGCCGUUGCCUCCGCCUCCCGCGCGACGUAAGCUGCUCGGCUCACUCCCCUUCCCCACUGGGCGCGAGGCGGGCAAGCGGGCGCGCGCACGCCGAACUCCACCAACUGGCGCGCGGACAGUGGGAGGGGCUACGUUUUGGAGUCGUGGGGCGUAGGAAGAAGACGAUUGGUGCUGUGUCGGGGCGGAGGGCGAGUGCGCGCACGCGCACUGAUGGGAACGCGCACGCCGGCCGCGCAGAGGCUGCUGGACUCUGGCUACCGUGGUGGGCUGUUGAGCCUUGCCCGGGUUCCCUCCCUUAGCGGCCCGGACUUGAAUUCCGGGAAGUGGGAGCUGCAGGCUCGCUCCUUGCGGGUAUGGAGGCUACUGUCACUCGGGGCGGUUGCGUAAGGACGUCACAACCGAGAGCCCGAGAAGGAACUAGGGAAACAGAGGGGUGGGGAGAUAUUGGAGACUGAUGGGGCUUGGGGAGCCGCGGAAGGGCUGUGUUGGAUAAGCCGAGGGGGCGGGGUCGAACGUGCGGUCGGUAGCCCAGGCCUCGGCCCCGCGCCGGGUCUGAGCGCCUGUCUGGAGAGGCGGGGAGGGGAAUGCUGCGUCACACCAGGCAGCCUGGGAACCCAACUGUUGGGCCACUGUGGUCACCUCCCGCCGCCUCCUACGCUUAGGCGACCUGAGACAAAGGCUCCCUAAGGGAGGUGCGAGCCGGGCACCUGAGGAGGCGGAGAGAAAACAGAGACCGAGUUGUUGACACCCUGUGACCCUUCUUGACUCAUUUGUGGGUAGCCCGUGCCCGGUUCAGGAAUAAAACGUGUAGAACGUUUCCAGGUCGCUUCCUGAAGGGCUGGUGGAGGGUGCGGUGCCAAAUCACUACAAAAAAUGCAACGCGAGAGACGUUAGUAACUGUCGCAGGUUAGCGUACUGCAACUUAGUUGACGGUUUCUUUCAUAACUGUAACUGAGGGCCUCAGUUACAACCUUUUAGAUCUGUCCAAAGAAACACUACCUUUUCAAGCACGGGAGUGUUCCGCUUCUCUCCUUUAAACCAUUUUUUUAAGUCAGAAUUAUUUUACACUUCCAUUAUUUUUCUCGUCCACAGAUCAGUCUUGAGUCAGCCCAGGUUAAUGAUAAUUUCUGAAACUUUCUAAUCCCAUUCUUCAGUUAUUUGAUCUGAUGUAAAGGACUGCCUUCCAAGUCAAAUGAGUUUGAAUGCGGUAGCUUCAUUCCCAAAAUAAUUAUUUUCACAUGUGGGAAAUAUUCAAGUUUUAGUCUACUGUCUGUUAAAACAGUUUGUUCCGAGCCCUCAAAAAGAUCUCCAAACAUAACACCAAAUAUGUAUUUAUUAUAUGGAAAGGUAUACUCACCCCUGGGGAGUAGGGGAAGGCAAACAGGUAGACACAGUCUCUCGAAAAAAAUGAGUAUGUCUGUGGUCAAUGAAUAGUGAAACAAAAUGAAACACCACCAUAGUUUGCAAAAUGAUCUAUGCGCAGCCUGUUUUUUUAUCCUAGUUAUUAAAUAGCUAUAAUUCUGGGUUGUGAGGAAUAAAAAGAUCUUUCAAAUAUUCAUCUCUGAAGUCCUUAGAAACUAAGUGCUAAUUUUUAAUACUGUGCUUUAUAAAAUUAUGAUAAGGUGCCUUGAUAAUAGGAACUUCCUGUUCCUCGGACUAAUUUAUUUCUUGGAUUACUAGAGUGGUAAGUAAAAAAUAAAAACCCGAGAAAAACAUGGCAGGUAAAGAAUUUUGUAAUCAGAAGUGUGAUUCAGAUAAUAAAGUCUUCAAUUAUAACCAUAUUGCAUUUUGUUACCUCACCAAAAAAUGCUUACUGUAUUGACUUAAUCUGUUUUAUAUGUUUUUUGAAAGCACCUUUUUAAACUGAGUUGGUGUUUGGAUGUGAUAUGCUACGUAUAAUUUUGAGACACUUGUUUUGCAGACAAAAGAAAAAACCUUGCCAAAUUUUUAAUAAUAUAUUGAACCUUGGAGACUUAUAUUUCUGGUAAAAUUAUAAUAUACUUUAUGACGUCACAGGAUUUUAGAAUGACUAUUGAGACUGUGGAGAAAUACAAGUGAGCCGUUGUACCAGGUGGCAUGCGCCCUGAGCAGCAAGAGUGGCACUUCCAAGCUCCUUCCCUGGGAACUACACUCAGCCUCUCAGCAUCAAGCCAUCAUGCUUUGAACUGUGUCUGUGAGCAUCAAUGCUUUAUCUCCAUUUAUUUUGUGCAUCCAUUAGCAAGAUGUGUCCUAAGGUAAUUGCUUCUUUGCUUUACCUCAUUUAGGUUUGCGAAAGGUUUCAUAGGAACACUAUCCUAGCUUUAGCCAGGAUGAACAACUGAACCCUAUCUGGACCAAUCAGAUUGUUCUGAUAAUUUAAAAUUGGAAAGUUCAUCAGACAGCUGAUCUUUUCCUGAGAAACGUAAAGUUAGGCCAGGGUACUUUGUUUGGAAGCAGCACAUGGAAAGUCAGAGUUGUGUUGCAAAAACAAGAAUAAUCUCAGAUUACUUACUGUAUCACUUGGUGUUAUAAAUGUUAUAACUAUGAGAUUGGUACUGUUAUCUACAGGUAAGGAAACUGAGAAGCUUGACUAAAAAUACGUGCUGAAGCGCUGAAGCUAAAAUAUUUUUCUUUUCUUUCUCUCUUUCUUUUUGGAAGCUAAAAUAAAACCUGGGCAGUUUGAAUCCAGUCUGUGUUUUCAUGAAGUGCUGACAUAUCAGACACAUGUAUGAUAGCUGCCUUGGUUCCUGAUAGCUUUCCAGUUCCUGAGCUCAGUCCCUUGAGAAGGGUAGUCUGCUCCCUAUCUUUGAAUUAUUUAUCAUAAUUUAUCCUUAUAAUAAAAUUUCAUGUCUUUGCCUAAGUGGAUCAGCCAAUUGCAACUGAAAGUGUCCUGCUCUAGUUUGACUAUGAAUGGGAACGCAAAUAACAAAGCUCAGAGAGACUAAAACUGACUGAAUCGAGGUGGGGCUGCAGGUAAUAAAGACUCUCCUACCUUAAGAUGGGAACCUGUUAGCUUCUGUUGUGCAAUAGUGAAUCUUUUACCCAGGCUUUCUCCAAUAUUGUCUCAGAACUCAGACUAAUGUAGUCACUGAGGUAGGGCCCAGAGAUCUUGGUAGCCAAAUAUAAAAAAUAUUGAGUGCAUUGGUUUCUAUGUGUGGAGUUUUGAAAAGUAUGUUGGAAAAGAGAGGAAUUCUGAACAGAGUUCCUAGGUGAAAGUAGAUUGGAACGGGUUGUGUGAAAUUUAGCAAAUUUGAUUUAGCAAUUAUUGGAAGCCAAUUUGCCUUUGGGCUGAGAAUGUACAACUAGAUCAAGAGAUUACUCAAGGGGCUCAUUGAAUGGCAACAUAAUUUUUUUUUUCCACCUGUUUCUAACACUAAAGUUUUGACAUUGAAUACCAGAAAGUGAAAUUUUAGUAAUAGGAAUAGGACUUUCAAGGAAGAACAAAUGAUAUUAAGGACUCUAAUUCCUCAGCUCCUUCCAAAACAUUUUCCACUUCCCAUCCCCUCUCAUGCUUCACAAAAGUGUGAUGAUCCUUCACAUUGUUUAUCAAUAGCCACUAGGAUUGGAAUGCAGUAUGUGUCUGGGAAUAUUACUAAAUGACAAACUGCAAACUGCCUUGCCUACUUUUUCUCUUGUUUGCUUUGAGGCUAAAGCAGAGAACAACGGGGAUGGACAGAGUCUCAACUGUUGCUAAGAAACAAGUCCAGAUUGACAACUUAAGGAGAAACCAGACUCACUAAAGUCUUCAGCAUUAGCUAAAUGGAAAAGGAAUCUGCCUAAAAGAAAAUUAGCAGGCUCUCCUCCACAGUAGAGCAGUUGCAUGCCGUAAAAUCCCAAAGUAGACUCAGACCACAGACUAUCUCAAUCCCUCAAGCACCUCCUGUUUUCCAGUACAAAAGAAUCUGCACCAGGUAGAAGUGGGUAUCCUUUCCCGAAAUGAAGAACCUUAGUGUCCCUUGUCAAGAGUGGCCCUGGAGGACCCUGAACAAGAGAAUCCAAACUGGAUAUAGACAGAUUUUCUAAUAACUGACUAGGAAUGUGGUCAGUUAACUUAUGCCUUAUGAGAUUUCAAGGGCCAUUAUUUACUAUCCCACUCCUGCUGGGUACAAUGUAUACUUUAGCGAGCUAGUUAAAUUUAUAUUUAGUCCACAGAUUGCAGAAUUAAUCCAAGUAUUUCUUGUAUGGGCUUUAUAUACCUAUCCUAGGGCUAGUUACAUUCAAAAUAGUGUUAAGAUGGACAAGGGUUUUUCUUACUUGGAAUUGACAUUCUAGUUUGGGGAAGGAGGAGAAGAGAGGUUAAUGAGGAAAUAAGCUUACAAGCUGGGAUGGGCUCUAUAAAGGAGAGAUAGAUAGUGUAAUGUCAGAGAGAGUAGAGAGAGACAUACUCAGAUGGGAAGAGCAGUGGGGUGGUCAGAGGAGGCCUCUUUGAGCUGUAACUGGAAGAGUGAGGUAGAGCCUACUGUGGCAAGAACCACAAGAAGAGCAGUAAGGAGAACAAGUGCAAAGACCCUAAGGUAUGAAAGGGUUUGUGACGUGUGAAGAACUGAAGGCGACAAAUAUAGCUGAAGCAUAGCGAGGGGGAAGCUGGGUUGACAUGAGAUUGAAGAGAUGGCCAAGGAACCUCCUUUGAUCUAGAGCCUUGAGGGCUAUGGAAAGCAUUUGGGGUUUAAUUCCAAACACAGCAGGAUGCCAUUGGAAGUUUUUACACCAGAGAAUUGCAUAAUCUGAUUUGCCUUCCGUAAGAUUGUUCUAGCUGCUGUGUAGAAAAUGGAUAAUAGUAGUAGCAAGAGUGGCUCUCCACUCUCUAGCUCUCCACUUAGGGACCUACUUUAGUGUAUAAUGGCCUGUUAGGAUUAGAGGAGUAGCUUUAGAGAUGUAGACAAGAUGGAAUCAAGAUAAAUUGGGGAUGGUAAAGUAACAACAUUUGAGUUGAGGUCCUCAUUUGCCAUUCAUUAGUAUCUAAAUACGUUAAUUGAUAAAAAGCAAUACAAACAUAUUAUUUGGAAAUGUGGAGACAUAUCAAAGAGCUAGAAAUGCUGAAGAUAGUUGGGAGUGGAGAGGGGUGGGGGAGAGAAUGCUACUUUUUGUUAUAAAUAUUCAAUAUCAUUUUCUUAUAAAAAUUGUAUAUAUAUAUGUGUAAAUGUGUUUAUGUGUAACGUUUGCUGUGAAAAGUUCAGAGAGGUGUAGUGAUAGAUGGAGGAAGUCAGAGGAUUUUUAAGUAGGAAAUACUAAUGUAUGUGGGAAGAAUAAUAACUAAUGUAUGUUGCAUGAAUAAUAAGUAGAGAAUGAAAAUGUGAUGAAGUGCAGUAGACAAAUGGAGUAACUGAAGAAGCAAAAUACUGAGAAGAAAAGAAACUGUAGGUGUUAAGAGUUAGAAUUGCCCAUGAUAGGAAAAAUGACACUCUUUCAAUUUUUUACAGAAAAGAGGCUGAGAAGGUGAGUACAGAUGCAGAGAGGUGUGAAUAUUUGUUGGAAUGAAAAUGAAGUAAAUCCUCUCUGAUGGUUUCUGUAUUCACAAUGAAUUAUGGAGUAGGAUCACCAGCUGAAAAUGGGUAGAGUGAAGGAGUUUGACAAAGCAGGAAAAAAAUAACACAUUUUUACCUCAGGGAAUGUGAACAUGAACUUCCUAGGGAAGCAUAGUAGGACUGCUAGGUUGUCUUGAGUGUUCAUUUGCAGUCUGUGGUCAUGAAUUUCAAAAAAAAAAUCAGUCAGCUAAUUGUAUUGUUUCUUUAUUAAGUUGCUUGGUUCUCUGCGCAAGGAACCAAACUGAGUUCAAGCAGUUCUGGGAUUCUGUUAAGUGAGUUCAACAGAGAGAGUUGGUGAUUGUGCUUAAAAAGGAAUGAAUAUAAU